GGCGAUAAUGUAAUCACUGAAUGUUAAUUACACCCACUUAUUUUAGAAUUUUAUCUUCAGCAAGACAAGUCAUCCAUCAUGGUUCUUUAAAAAGAAAAAUGGAUUCGUGAGAUAUGUUAUCGUUUCUUUCACUCCGUCAUGCGUGAUAUCAGUGAGGCCCCGAAUUGCAUAUCCAACGCGUUGCCACUAGACCACAUAAUCGUAUUCAGGAAUGCUAACAGUUGGGCCUCUCAAGACUAACAUAUUCAAGCAAAUCGAGUUCCUUUCUGCUCUCUUCAGAGUAAUCUUAUAAGUUUCCCGCGUUCUACCCAAAUUGAAUCUGUGAAGAUGGCGGCAGCUUCCAUUGACGCUGACACCAUGGAUGAGCAAGACGAACUAAACUCAAAGAUCCCGGAGUUUCCACCGGAGGAAGAGAACGAGCUAAGCCCCAGUGAUCGUGUCCGCACAAUUAUAGCAUUCGUCGGCGUUGGAUUCCUGCUUCACUGCUUAUUCUCGAUAAUCAUCUCGGGCUCCGAGGAUAUUUUAGCGGGGACUGUUAUACCCACAACUGUGGUAGUCAUUGCUCACGUCGGUCCCAUGACUCUAGUGAACUAUUCCUGCCCUUGGUUUAUGCAAAAGUUAUCUUACUUCAUACGUGUAUUUAUCGUGUUUGGCUUCAUGGCUGGGGGGCUUCUCGUCAUAGUCUUCGUGGAGCAGCCUUACUUUAAGAUUGCCGGGGUCUCGCUAAACGCCGUAGCGCACGCAUUAGGGGAAAUUACGUUUCUUGCGCUUGGUGCGUUUUACGGCGAAGUUGCCGUCACGUCUUUUGCUGCGGGAAGCGGUGCUGGCAUCUUAAUCGGUCCCGUUUACUAUCUGGGUCUAACUUCCUGGGCGUGUAUGUCCCCUCAAAAAUCCAUGAUCGUCGCAUCAGGAUUCUCCAUUCUACUUCUCCUGUUCUAUUACAUCCUGAACAAAGACCGCAUCAAGUCGCACGCUAUAGCCGCUACCUACCGAUCAAGCCUGAAGGAUAGCGCAAAGUACCAGUCCGUAGCCACCACCGACACCAUCAAGCGGAAAGACCCCUGGAGCUUGUCAUGCAGCGAGAAGUUCCAGGCAGCAGGGACCAUUUUGCCUCUGAUGCUCGCGCUGUGCAUAUCAUACGCGUCACAAUAUCUCACUAUUCAAGCGGUCUUCACGACUAUUUCAUUCCCAAGCUCGCCCUUCCCGCCAAGGGAUCACUACGUGUAUUACGUAGCGUUGAAUGGCGUAGGGGAGUUCCUGUCCCGUUCUUAUUUAGCAGUCGUAGGGUGCUAUCGCCCCGCCCUUGCGCGGAAACUCGUAAUCAAGCGCACAUGGGUGUUGGCAUUAUGCCUACUCGGGGUGUUCUCGCUGGCUUUAUGUGCAUCGUGGUAUCGAUUUUUCCAAAGUGUCGCUUUCGUUCUCGCCCUUUCCUUCGUCGUCGGUGCUAUCUCAGGCACUGUGUUUGCUAACACGUUGAUGGCGAUACGCGAAAUUGUUGAGCCGAGGCAUCAGGAGUUUUGUCUCGGACUGGUAACCGCUGGUGAGACAUCGGGGGCGCUCCUUGGCUCGUUCAUUGGACUUAAGCUGGAACCUGUACUAAGAAAGCACUGCGAGAAAACUGUUAGUAGCAACCGCACGGCACAUUGCUUCACGCGGAGAGACAAGAGGCGAUGGACGAUGGCUGUGUGUAAGGGGAAAGUCACAGACACCCCGCUAAAGCUUAAAUAGAAUU